AUGGCUAACCAUAAUGUUUUUCUAUUCUUUUUCUGCGUUUCUAUAAUAUUUUUGGUGUGUGAUGGCAGUGAAAGUGGUAAUGAAUACAUUGUAUACAUGGGAUCACUUCCUAAAGAAGAAUCCUAUUCUCCAACCUCUCAUCAUUUGAACAUGUUGCAACAAGUCUUUGGUGGUGGCAACAUACAAGAUUUCUUAAUCACAAGUUAUAAGAGAAGUUUCAAUGGUUUUGCCGCGAUACUUAAUGAUCAACAAAGAGAAAAACUUGUUGGCAUGAAAGGUGUUGUCUCAGUUUUUCCAAAUCAAAACUUUCACAUACAAACAACAGGUUCCUGGAACUUUAUUGGAUUACCUCAAACAAUCAAAAGAGAUCCCAUUGAGAGUGAUUUGAUUGUUGGAGUCAUAGAUAGCGGAAUAUGGCCAGAGUCUCAAAGUUUCAAUGAUAAAGGUGUUGGUCCCAUUCCAAAGAAGUGGAAGGGAGUAUGUAAAGGUGGUUCUAACUUUACUUGCAAUAAUAAGCUGAUCGGAGCACGAUUUUAUGGCAACACGGAUAGUGCAAGAGACGAUGCUGGUCAUGGAACUCACACGGCAUCCACUGCAGGUGGAAGAGAGGUGCAAGGCGUGAGCUUUUUUGAUCUUGCAAAAGGCACCGCAAGAGGCGGAGUCCCAUCUUCAAGGAUUGCUGUGUAUAAAAUAUGUGGUGCAGAUGGUGCAUGCAGCGGUGCUAGCAUAUUAGGUGCAUUUGACGAUGCCAUUGCGGAUGGUGUUGACGUCAUUUCACUCUCAGUAGGGGGUGAAGGUGCACAAGAUUUUUUGGAUGAUCCUAUUGCCAUUGCUUCUUUUCAUGCCAUGGAGAAGGGAAUAGUCGUAUCGCAUUCUGCAGGAAACUCAGGUCCUGACGUGAGUACUACUUCAAGUGUAGCACCUUGGUUAUUUAGUGUUGCAGCAACUACCAUAGAUCGUAAGUUCAUUACUAAGCUCAUUCUUGGAAAUGGAAAAACUCUCGUUGGUACUUCAGUGAAUGCUUUCCCCUCAAAUGGCACAAAAGUUCCAAUAGCCGCCGAGGGUACUUGCUCAGACAUCGUAGGUAGAACAUCGGUGGAAGGUAAGAUUGUUUUGUGUGAAUCACGGGGGUUCGAAGAAUCUGUUUUUCAAAGUGGCGCAUAUGGUAUAGUCUCCAGUGUGGAAGAGUCUUUAAAUGAUGUGGCUUUUGUCUCUAGCCUGCCUUCCACUAACUUGAAUUCAAAAGACUUUGGUCUUGUUCAAACUUACGCAGAUUCCACUGGAUCCCCCGAAGCUGAAAUUUUGAAGAGUGAGAUCUUCCGGGACACAAGUGCGCCUAGAGUGGCUUCUUUCUCUUCUCGUGGUCCCAAUCUAGUGGUUCCAGAUAUAAUGAAACCGGAUAUAAGUGCCCCAGGAGUGGAUAUCUUGGCUGCAUUUUCACCUCUAAUGUCACCCUCUACUCGUGUUGGUGACACCAGAAAGGUUAGUUAUAGCAUAGAAUCUGGAACCUCCAUGGCGUGUCCCCACAUUACAGGAAUUGCUGCCUAUGUAAAAUCAUUUCAUCCAGAUUGGUCACCCGCAGCUAUCAAAUCUGCUAUCAUGACCACAGCAAAACCAGUGAAGGGUACUUAUAAUGAUAUGGCCGGGGAGUUUUCUUAUGGAUCAGGGAAUGCCAAUCCAGGACUAGCUGUUAACCCGGGACUUAUUUAUGACAUCACUAAAGACGAUUAUGUGCAAAUGCUUUGCAAUUUUGGUUACAGCGAUGAAAAAAUUAAACAAAUUAGUGGGGAAAACUCAAGUUGUCGUGGAACUUCUAACCCAUCAUUAGUAAAAGAUCUAAAUUAUCCUGCACUAGUGAUUUCUGUUGCGCCUCAAAAACCAUUCAAUAUCAAGUUUCCUAGAACUGUUACAAAUGUUGGCUCUCCUAAUUCAACCUACAAGGCUACUGUGACUCCAGUUCCAAAUGUCAAGAUUACAGUGCAGCCAAAUAUUCUCUCAUUCAAAUCAUUAAAUGAGAAACAAUCAUUUACUGUCACAGUUGUUGGGAGUGUAGGAUCAACUCAAACUGUGUUUUCGUCCUCACUUGUUUGGUCAGAUGGCACCCAUAAUGUCAAGAGUCCAAUCGUUGUACAAUUAACGUCUUAA